CUUGUCCGCUCGAUCCGAAGCAUACCAUUCGGAAGGAUCAGCUUCAAGCUCAUCUGGCUGUUUGUCCGCAGGCUGCGCGCAAUGCUCUCAUGGAGGCCCACCCGGCUUACGUGGCCGAUGUCAACUUGCCCGGACUGCCGGCGCCUGAUGACGGUCUGCCCGAUCUCAUGGCCGCGCCGCCGGACAUGAUCGUCGCCUUUCUCGACGCGCUCGAUUCGGUCAUGGUGGCCGAGCUCGAUGCCGGCCGUGCCUCUCUCAUCUAUGACGAGCCAGAGACUCUACCGAGUCUUGUUGACGACGACAUCACUGGUGCACAGGUGAAGCACGUCCGCCAGGUGGCAGCCAUUGUGGGACACGUCGCCCGAGAUGGCAUGCUCGACACCGACCACCUGUACGUCGAGCCCGGCGCCGGCAAGGGCUCGCUUGUCGAUGGCCUCGGCCGUGCGCUUGGCGUCUUUUCCCGCAGCGUCUUCUCCAAAGUCUCUGCGGGUGGCGCCGGGCCGAGCACCACGAGCAGCGACGUGGGCGACGAGCAUGCAGACCGCCCGCCACUCUUUGUCCUUCUCGAGCGCGAGAAGCGGCGAUGGGUUGCUGAGCGCGGCAUGCGGCGCUCGCUAGCUCUGCGAGUCCGUAUCGAUAUCAAGGAUGCCGACCUUGCCGCCCUACCCGAUGUCGACCCGACCGCGCCGCGGGUCAUGGUGGCCAAGCACCUCUGCGGUGGCGCCACCGACCUCGCCCUGUACAUGGCCACCCGGACCGAGACUCUGCGCGACUCAUUCGAGGCCGUCUACAUCGCCCAGUGCUGCUACGGCAAAGUCUCUGCUGACACUUUUGUCGGUAUGCCGUUCUUGGCUCAGCGUGGCCUCGCCCGCUACUUUUCCUGGAUCCGCCGCUGCUCCGAGUGGGCCAUCUCCAUCGAGGGUGCCUCGCUCGACGCGCCCUCGCUCGCCGACUGGCUAGCCUCAAACGCCCGCACCUCCUGGCGGGCUCGCUGCUCCGUCGCUGACGACCAUCUUACCGUCGACGACCUCCCCGCCAGCCUCCGCGUCGCCAUCGGCUACAAGGCCCGCACUCUCAUCGAACUUGCUCGCGCCUGGUACCUCGAGAGUCAAGGCUUCAUCACCCGCCGCGUCGAGUACGUUCCGCUCUGUGUCACACCCCAGAACGUUCUCCUCGUUGGCCUCCGCCCGCGCCCUACCUAA